UUGUGCACCAUACAACCUCACGCGUAUUUUGAUAUUUUAUAUUUAUAUAGAAUUUCAAAACAUUGUUGAGCAAUAUGGGGGCGAAGAAAAAACCAAAAACAGCGGAGCGUAAUCCUCACCUAAAUAAAACAACUAAAAAUCUUAAAUUUAAACGAAAAGCGAAGGAAAUGAUGGAACAACACCGGAAACAGGCACUCUUGGAAAAAUCUUACAGAGAGAAGGAGGAAAUCAAAAUAGAUGAAGCCGAAGGCAAAAUAUUUGAAUUCAUAAAGAAUGAGGAAGAUGAUAAUGCCGAACUAAAUACCUUCAACGAACUAAUGGAUACCCUCUCCGCAAAAGAUAAUACCUGCGCGGACGAUUCCCUUGAUGACGAUACGGGUGAUGAGCUAUCAGUUUCUCCUGAAGCGAAGCGUGCUGAGGAAGAUGUGGUUGAAGAAGCUGCACCGGAAGUUGAGGAAUUAGAAGCAGUAGAAUCCAAUGACACAUUUGCGCAGCAUUUUGAUUUCGAUUUGCCACUUGAAAGUGUGGAUAACUUAUGGACAGCACAGACUGAAGUUAAGAGAAGCGUACUUACUUGGCCACAUUUGGGUUCAAUCAAAAUGCAAAUACCACAGUUUGUAUGUGAGGAACUACCUAAAAGUGAACUUAAUUGGAAUACCAAUUACAAACUACUUGGCACCGAACAUUUGCAUACAAUGAAUAUUAGAACAGCUAUAUUAGACAACUUUACAAAAGAAAUCACAUCCUUGCAAGCAGAAGUUUUUCAAAUACUCAAUCACUAUAAUGAUUUCUGUCAUCCCAAUGUGCAGAAGGACAAGAUAGAUGAAUUACGUUUAUGUUACAGUGCGCACAUUUUGAAUCAUAUGCUAAAAACUCGUAAUCGCAUACUGAAACAUAAUAUGAAAUUGGCAGCCACACCAAAUAUAGUGACCAUACCGGACAGUUAUCGAGAUCAAGGAUUGGCGCGACCCAAAGUACUUGUCAUUUUGCCAUUCAGGAAAUGUGCCUAUCAAAUUGUAACAAAUAUGGGCCGGCUAUUGUACGGCAAAAAUUUGGAAACAAAAUUAAUGAACUUCUCGCGUUUCACUGACGAAUAUACGGGUGACAGCUUGCGUUUCCCACAAAACAAACCGAAACCGGAAGACUACAUAGAAACGUUUAAAGGCAAUAUAGAUGACAAUUUUAAAAUUGGUAUUUCUCUAACCAAGAAGAACUUAAAACUUUACACGGACUUCAAUGCAUCCGAUAUUAUUAUUGCAUCGCCAUUGGGUCUACGUUUGGGCAUAGCAUCAAAUAGCAAAGAGACAGGCGCUUUUGAUUUUUUAAAUUCGAUCGAACUUCUGAUAUUGGACAAGGCGGAAAUGUUUUUAGCACAGAAUUGGGAAAAUCUAUUGCAUGUAAUAGAUCACUUGCACCUGCAGCCACAAUCUUUAAGUAAUGUUAAUUUACAACGUGUACGCCCAUGGUGUUUGAAUGGGUUAUGUCGUUUUUAUCGGCAAACAGUGGUGCUCUCCUCGCAUGAACUGCCCGAAAUACGUUCACUUUUCUUCAAUAAAUGCUUCAACUACUGUGGUAAAGUGUCUAUUUCGAAUCCGAUUCGGCAAGGUGACAUAAGCAACRUCUUUGUUACCACACCGCAAAUAUUUAAUUUAAUAGACACCACAAACUUGGACUCGGUUUUCGACACACGCUUCCGAUACUUCAUCAAAGAAAUACUACCUCGUUAUAGAAAGCCUUCCUUUGCGCAUUGUAUGAUAUAUGUACCGAGUUACUUUGAUUAUGUACGUUUACGUAACUAUUUGAAAGCCGAAUCUAUAAGUUUUGCGCAAAUUUGUGAAUACACCAAAAAGGAGAAGGUGGCGCGUGCGCGAGACAUGUUCUAUCACAGCGGUGUGCACUUUUUACUUUACUCGGAACGAUAUCACUUCUAUCAGCGUACACGUAUAAAGGGUAUACGCCAUUUGAUUAUGUAUCAGCCGCCAAUGUGGCCGCAGUUGUAUUCAGAGAUGGUCAAUAUGAUGAAUGAAASCAAUCAGAAUGCGGCAGAUGGCUUAGACGAUUCGACGAGCAUUACUGUGUUAUAUACAAAAUAUGAUCUAAUACAGCUAAAUGCAAUUCUGGGUACACAGUCGACGGCAGAAUUACAAAAUUCUAAUAAAACUAUUCAUAGUUUUACAAUUAAGUAGCAAAAAUUAUUACUUAUAAAUUAUUGUAAAUGUAAAAAUACAAUACUAACAAUAAAAAAGUGUUUAGUGUUAUAAA